UACGAGAGACGAUUAGUACUAGAUUGCGUUCAUUACCCAAAAAGGUUUUACUCGUAUAUUAAACGUAGGACUAAAACUAGCAGUGGUAUACCGUCACUCAUAACCAUUAGUGGAGAAGCGGCUGAGUCAGACGAAGGAAAGGCUGAAAACCUCUCUGAAUACUUCUGUGACGUCUUCUCGUCUGAUAGUACCACCCAGGGAUAUGGCGAGGUCACUGCCAUCGCCACUCAGAUGCCCUCAAUUGUGGUAGAGCACACAAAGGUUCUCAAACUACUGUCUAAACUGAAGCCAGGUAAAUCACCUGGGCCGGAUGGACUUCACCCUAAGUUGUUAAUUUCCUUGGCGGAUAUAAUAUAUAUUCCGCUUACGGAGAUUUUCCAAAUGUCUCUGACGCAGGCUAAGCUACCCAGGGACUGGAAGGAUGCCAUUAUAAGCCCUAUCUUCAAGGACGGGGAUAGGCAAUUGGUAUCUAACUACAGGCCGGUAAGUCUGACAUGCAUUAUUGCAAAGGUACUGGAAACUAUUAUAAGGGAUCAACUAUUAGCUUAUGUUGAAACACAUGGCUUGUUGGCUGUGGAACAGCAUGGAUUCCGACCAGGACGAUCCUGCUUGACAAACCUACUAUUGGCUAGGGAAGACUGGGUUGAGGCCAGAGAUAGGGACCAUCUGUUGGACGUGGUUUUUAUUGAUCUUAGCAAGGCGUUCGACAAAGUAUCCCACUUAGGUCUCCUUAGUAAACUGAAAGGUUUCGGACUAGACCAAUGCCUAUGUGAGUGGUUUAGAGAUUACUUAAUGGAUAGAAGGCAGAAGGUUAGAGUUAACGGUGUACUAUCAGGAUGGAAAGCAGUAUCCAGUGGAGUGCCCCAGGGAACUGUAUUAGGUCCAUUGCUAUUCCUAUUAUACGUUAACGAAUUACCAGGGAUUCUUUCUUCAUCUUCAUUAUUAUUUGCAGAUGACAUUAAGAUAUGGAAAACUGUAAACAAUAACGAGGAUAGGUCGGCCCUACAAACUGAUUUAGAUAAAUUAGCUGAGUGGUCAAGCCUAUGGAGUUUGGAAAUGAAUGCUAGGAAAAGCGCGGUAAUGCACUUAGGUCAGAAGUCUUAUGCGUCGUACUCCCUAGGGGAUGCAGAACUACCUGAUGUUAACGAACAGAAGGACCUAGGAAUCAUUGUCAGCAAUGAUUUGAAAACAACUGCAAAUUGCAAUGCAGCCGCAGCUAAAGCUUUUCGAAUGCUAUGGGCAAUUCGAAGGGCUUUCAAACGAUUAGACGAGGGCAUGUUCCAAAUACUCUACGCAACAUAUGUCAGGCCUCAUCUAGAAUACUGCAUACAAGCGACGAGUCCAUGCUUCAAAAAGGAGGCACAUAUUCUGGAAAGAGUACAGAGAGUAGGAACAAAAUUAGUUAGUGGUAUCUCACACCUUCCUUAUGAUAAGAGGAUGGAGCAUUUAAAUCUCUUCCCGUUAUCAUACCGAAGGAAGAGAGGCGACUUAAUUUUAGCAUACCGUAUACUUAAGGGUGAUUUAGGAACUGACCUUUCUAACCUUUUCUCCCCUUCUAGGAUACAUUUACGGGGUCACCGCAAAAAGGUGCUCAAACCAAGGACGAUUAAAAUACGUGCAGAAUUUAGAUUCUCUCACAGAGUGGUCAACGAUUGGAACUCCUUACCUGAUUCAGUAGUAUCAGCUCCAUCGGUGAACGCUUUCAAAGAGAAGUUAGAUCUCUGCAGAGAUAUACUUUGCAAGGAUUAACACAGGCCACAAGAGCCUUC